AUGGAGGCCCUAGUGUCAGAUCUUAGGCGGCUCAGGCUCUACAUCGACGACGCGCUCGACGAGCCCCCGAUCGACAAGAUCGUCGCGGCUUUUCAUCGCGCAUACAGUCCCAGGGCAAGAUUGGCGAUGCCGGCCACGCAUCGGCGCCGGGAGGAGCAGCAGUUGCUCGAGAUUUUGCGGAUGGAGCAAUCGCUCAAGAAAUCUCUCUCCUGGCAGAUCGUCGAUGGAAAUUUCUCCUCCGGCAGCUCUUCCAGAUCCAGUUGCCGGCCCUUCUCUUCUUCUUCAUCGUCGUGCUCCAGUGAUUCUUCCUCGAGCUCGCCAUCGAAAGAUCCAUCCGAGGCAGCAACUCCAAAGCUGUUGCCGAUGACUGUGAGUCCGAGCUUGGACUCCAUCGAUGCGAUUCGAGAUCCCGCAAAAGUUUUUCUAGAUCAAUGCUCGUCGUUAGAGAGGCAGCAGCAUGCAGAGACGAUGAAUUCUUCUGUUUUCCAGGAGGCACCGCAGUCGCAGCCAAGAUCCUCGAGCUCUCUUCACGAAUCUCAAGAACUGGUCAAGGAACAUUUGGUCACAUUCGUCGACGAGUUGAUCGGAGUGGUCCAGCUCCAAGAGGGGCUUCUCAACAACAUGGUGGAAAACAACUUGAAAGACUCGCACACUUUGAAGAGUUCGAUGGAUGGCCAUCGAGAUCUCCAUCGCGAUCGCAACGAAGUGGCUGCCAGAUCUUUUUCCCCAGCUGCGAGCCAAGACGAUGGCGUGGAAGAGCUCAAGAAGAGGGUGAUGGAGCUGGAGACCAUCCAAAGCCAGUGGCUGGAUGUAGAGGAAAGCAAAGGUUUAGUUCUCCGGCGUGGGUUCCUGGCGUUGCUCCAGGCAAUCCUCCUGUAUUUUGGCCUUUACGCGCUUCCAAGACCGUACAGUGUGUCCACAGCCGUCGGAUGUCCCGCCGUGCGAGCCGUUGGAUGGGGGACGGAACAGGGGUAUAAUUUAGGGUUCUUGGCAUUUUGGGCGGGCAGAAUGAUGAUCUUCGCUCCGCCGAUCGUCGAUCCUGCUCCGGCUCAAUGGAUCAAAAUCUUUCCGCGCUUCCUCCCCGCGCCGAUCCUGUCCAAGCUCAAUCCCGAUGCUCGGGAGUUUCAGCCGCUGGAAGAAUCGAUCGCUCCUCUCCCGGCAUUCUCUUCUCCUCUUGCUCCUCCCCAUCGUCGGCACGAGUUUAGUCUCGUGCAAGAAUCUUCCGACGAGGAUGAGAAUCGCGUCGAGCAGCAAGAAAGUGGAGAGGAAUCCGAGACAUCGGCUCAAGAAGAUUGCGAUCGAGGAGGAGAAGAAGAAGGCAUGGCACAGUAUUUCUUCUAUCCCUCGCCGAUCUUCGAUUCGAUCUCCAACGUCCGCCACAUCGCUCCAUCCUCCAUCGCUCGCGAGCACUCCUCCCGCUCGCUCAUCCUCGGCAAUAUCCCCUAUCCGAUCGAUCCCGGCCAGCUCCAGUCCCAGCUCGAGCAGUGGGGCGCGCUGCGCUACAUCUCCUUCGCCGCCAUGGCGGAGCGCGGCAUUGUGAUCGCCCACUACUGCGACGUCCGCCACGCCGCCCAGGCGCUCAAGGACAUCCACGCGCAGCACCUCAUCCAGCAGCACAAAUUCCUGCUGCUCCGCCGGAUGGAUCACUUCCAGAGGGCCUGGCGUCACGCUGUCCGAGAGGACGCCAAGAGCGCCGCGCGGCGCCAGAUCGAGGUGACGCGGGCGGCACUGCGCGCCGCCGGCGAGAAGCUGCGCCGCGAGCGGGGCCUCGUUUGCGGCGCCGCGCUGUGGGCCAAAUUCGUGCCGCUGUGCUGCUGCGUGAGCGAGAAGGAGGAGUUUCCAGAGAUGGAGAAUCAAGGCACGCUCGUCGUCUUCAACCUGGAUGUCGCCAUCUCCAUCGAGACCAUCAACAGCGUCUUCAAGAAAUACGGUGAUGUGAAGGAGAUCCGAGAGACUCCGAUCAAGCGAACGCACAAGUUCGUCGAGUUCUUCGACGUACGCGACGCCGCUCGAGCGAAAGAGGCGCUGGAUGGCGAGGACGUUCUCGGCAGCACUGUCAAGAUCGAGUUCAGUCGCCCCGGUGGGAUGCUCCAGAGGCACAGCGAGCACCAUUCCAUCCUCGACUUGUACCCGGCGGUGGCGUUUGAGAGCUUCCAGCGCGCGGUGGAGUGGAAGGCCCCUCCUCCAGCAGCGGCGCCGCUCUUUACUCCGCCUGGUUUCUACGCCGGCGUUCCUCCGGCUAUAAGCACGUACCAAGCUUGGCAAGCUCCUUUGUGGAGUUUGUCAGGUGCUCGUGGGAAUCCGAAGGAAAGGAGAAGAAUGCUCGAGGAUUGCUCGUACAAAUUCGACGAGGAGUUGAAGGACGAGAGGACGACUCUCAUGAUCAAGAAUCUUCCCAACAAAUACAGUCAGGAGAAGCUCAUGGACAAGAUAGAUGGUCAUUGCGCUCAAUGCAAUGCGCAGAUCGACAGUUCUGAGGAUGUUUCCGCGUACGAUUUCUUGUACCUUCCGAUCGAUCCCAGGAACCAGUGUAACCUUGGUUACGCAUUUGUCAACUUCGUCUCGGUCGCGGCCUGCGGGAGGUUUUACAAAGCGUUCCACAACCUGCAAUGGGAAGCGCACAACUCGAGGAAGAUCUGCCAGAUAACUUACGCUCGGAUUCAGGGAAGAGCGAAGCUGCAAGAACACGUGAAGAGAGGAGACCGGGACUCUCUCCCUCUCGUGUUUGAUCCACCGCGAAGUGGAAAGAUCUAGCUUGGAGUUGAAAGGAAGAACCUUGGAUCACUAAGACACUAACUUGAUAAUGUUGAAAAAGGUUUUAUAGAUUUUUUUCUCCUACAGGACCUCCAAAAUUUGUCGAAGUACUAAGACGUGACACGUUCGAAUCUCUCCCCCAACAUGUUUAAAAGAAUUGGGUCCCUCUUCGGGUGGGUUCGAACCCGGGAUCGGCUCUACAAGGCGCCAGAUCGAGCUGGAUCAAGAAGAGGUGCUUCUUCAUGCUAACAAAAAAAUCUAUCAGAGAUAAAGUAGAAAAAAAUGUUGUGCAUCAUGCCAAAAAAUUUCUCAGAUGGAAAGCUUGUAAAUCCUGAAUAAAGGAAAACAGACCUUUCAACAAAA